AUGACGAAAAUGAGUGACAGCGACGAGGGAUUGGGACGACUGGUCCGCGCCGUCAACUUCGCGGCCAUCGCUCAUAGGGAUCAGCUCCGCAAAGACGGACGAACACCGUAUAUAAACCACCCGAUUGGUGUGAUGAACACCUUGGUGCAAUUGGCACAAUGUCUAAACGUGGACACCCUCUGCGCCGCUGUCCUUCACGACACGGUUGAGGACACGAACACAACCAUCGAUGACAUUGAGCGCCACUUCGGCCCUAAUGUCAGGUCUAUUGUGGCCGAAGUGACGGACGACAAGAGUUUGCCGAAAGAGCGCCGCAAAGAGCUUCAAGUGAUCCAUAGCCCACACAUCAGUCCUUCCGCUAAAUUAGUGAAACUUUCGGACAAAUUAUAUAAUUUGAAUGAUUUGUUGGUCAAAACGCCCGUCGGUUGGACUGAAGACAGGGUUCAGGAGUACUUUGAAUGGUCGGCGCGAGUCAUCGAUGGUCUCAUUGGCACCAAUCAGGCACUCGAGAGUGAAUUGAAACGAGUGCUGGCCCUCAAGAAUGUCACUCUAAGACAAUAA